CUCUCGAACAGUCUCUCGAUUCGGUGAGCAUACUAUUGAGACCAUACGGGGCUGUCGUCUGAGUUAGUCGACGCAGAGCGCUGCAAUAACAACGACGAAAACGACAUCAUCUAGAACGUAAAGAAAGUAAAUAAAUAGCUCAGUUAACGCUGUUAUGAAACGCGUGGCGCACAAAUCAGUCGCAUAGUGUGGCAAGUCCGGACUCCAAUUGGGCGUUAUUCACCUGCAACUGCAUAAUAAAAACGCUUUUAUGGCGCAUCAGCGACACAAAUCCACAGAAACUGCCGAGAAAUACCACAAGAACAAUAAUAACAAGGAAGCAAGAAGCAGCAGCUAACAGAAAGCAAAAGCUACAAAACUAAUUGCGAUUUAUAUAAAUACAAAUAUUUUGCUACACAUUUGUACCCUAAAUGCUAAAAGCCUUUUAAAGCACAAUUGAUUUAUUGUGCUGCAUAUGAACUGAAAAGCCAACACCAACAACAACAAUUGCUUUCAGACGUUGCCAGCUGUUCGGAACAAAUAAAAAGCUCACUAAAAACAAGAAAAAGAGAAAGGCCAACGUCCUGCUGCCCAAUUAAAAUAAGUUGGGUUAUGUGCGCCGUCGUCCUAGGCUGCUGAAGGUGAGCGAAGGACACUGAGCCUACCGACCGCUAAAAAAAUAUUACUCUCUUAAGCCAACCGAAGCGUAUAAAAUAUACCUGAUUGGAUAAAUAAACAGCUAACCGCACAGUGGGUCGAGAACAACUGAAGUAAAACCCCCCAAGCGGCAUUCAAAGUAACAAUAAAAACACUCAAAAUGCGUAUUUUUCCCGUGCGUCUCUCGGCCAUCUCGUCGUCCAUGUCGAACCUGGCCAAAAUGCUGGACUUUUAUUCAGGCUUCAAUCCGUCGCCGCUGUCAAUAAAACAAUUUAUGGACUUUGGACAAAAUGCAUGCGAGAAAAAAUCGUAUAUAUUUCUGCGAAAGGAGCUGCCCGUGCGUCUGGCGAAUAUCAUGAAGGAGAUCGCAUUGCUGCCCGAUAAUCUGCUGCACACGCGUUCCGUGAGCGAGGUGAGCUCCUGGUAUGUGAAGAGCUUCGAGGAUGUGCUGGAGUACGAGAAGAUCGAACCCACUCAUGACAACCUGCAAAAAUUUGUGCACAACUUGGAUCUCAUUAGGAAUCGUCACAAUGAUGUUGUGCAAACGAUGGCCCAGGGCGUCAUCGAGAUGAAGGAGAACGAGGGCGGCAAUGUCGAUGCGCCGACAGAGAGUUCCAUACAAUAUUUUCUCGAUCGCCUCUAUAUGUCACGUAUCAGCAUUCGUAUGCUAAUCAAUCAGCAUACGCUGCUGUUUGGCUCGAGUCCGCAUUCGCUGGGCCGGCACAUUGGCUGCUUGGAUCCCUGCUGUGAUCUGUCGGAUGUGGUGCGCGAUGCGUACGAGAAUGCUCGCUUCCUCUGUGAUCAAUACUAUUUGGCGAGUCCCGAACUGGAAAUACAGCAGUACAGCAUCACGGACGAGCCGUUGCCCAUAAACACCGUUUAUGUGCCGUCGCAUUUGUACUAUAUGCUGUUUGAGCUAUUUAAGAACUCGAUGCGAGCCGUUGUUGAGCAUCACACUCGUAACAACUGUGAUACUUUGCCGCCGUUGAAGGUGGCCAUUUCUCGGGGCAAGGAGGAUAUUUGUGUGAAGAUCUCCGAUCAGGGCGGCGGCAUUCCACGCUCUCAGUCUGAUCAGCUGUUCAAGUAUAUGUACAGCACAGCACCGCAGCCAUCCAAGUCGGAUCUGCACACAGCACCACUGGCCGGCUACGGCUAUGGCCUGCCCAUCUCAAGGCUCUAUGCACGCUAUUUCCACGGCGAUAUCGUGCUGCUCUCCUGCGAAGGCUUCGGCACCGAUGCCAUCGUCUACCUGAAGGCGCUUUCGGAUGAGGCCAACGAGCUGUUGCCCAUCUUCAACAAGACGAGCUCAAAGUUCUAUCGCGCAACAGUGCCUACGGGUGACUGGUCGAAUCAGAGCUCGGACAUGAAUGCACGUCAGCUGAAUGCAACUACGCCAAAGCGGUACAGCGACUCGGAUUAGCUGUGCGGCACUCAAAAUGAUACUCAGGAUUUCUAGGAACAACAGCAACAAUAGUUUUAAGUGCAACCUAAAGAGAGUAAAAAUGAUAUAUCACUAGUUAUAGGCAAACAUUCCCAAAUACAGCAGCAACACGACUACGAUUUGUAUUUGAUAUUGUAUUCAUGGCAGUAACGUGUUAAGUUUCUAAUUGUUGUUAAAAGCAAAGGAAAUUUACUAUUGUUAUAUAUCAAGUUGAAAAUCACCUGCAUAUUUUAUAAGCGUGUUUUUGUGCAAUAAAGUGAAACAGAAAAUAAUACAAAAUAAGAAAA